AUGUUUUUCGAACUCGGUCUUGAUAUAUCUAAUGAGCAGAUCGCAGAAUUGGAAUCGGCUAUACAUGAUAUAGAUUUCGCAUCCGCAGCCGAGCACGAGAGACAAGUUCGUCACGAUGUAAUGGCACACGUUCACACAUUAGCUGAACGCUGCCCCAAAGCCGCACCGAUCAUUCACCUCGGCGCCACCUCCUGCUACGUGGGGGACAACACGGACCUGAUCGUCCUGAAACAUGGCCUGGACUUGCUUUUGCCCCGUUUGGUCGCUAUCAUCAGCCGAUUGGCACAGUUUGCUGAACAAAACAAAUCGAUUCCGAUGCUCGGCUUCACCCACCUUCAGCCGGCACAACUGACCACUGUCGGUAAACGAGCGUCCCUGUGGUUGAGCGAUUUGCUAAUGGACGAACGAGCUCUGUCUCGCGCCAGAGACGACCUUCGCUUCAGAGGCGUUAAGGGUACUACCGGUACCCAAGCUUCUUUUAUGCAACUGUUCGACGGAGAUAGCGCUAAAGUCCGAGCCCUCGAUAAAAGAGUGGCCGAGUUAGCCGGGUUCGACAAGAGAUAUCUGGUCACGGGCCAAACUUACUCGCGCAAGGUCGAUCUAGAAGUGAUCUCCGCUCUGUCGGGAUUGGGCGCUACAGUGCACAAAAUGUGCUCCGACAUCCGCAUUCUGGCCUCCCGGAAAGAACUAGAGGAGCCCUUCGAAGCUUCACAGAUAGGAUCUAGUGCGAUGCCCUACAAGCGUAAUCCCAUGCGAUCCGAACGUUGCUGCGCCCUCGCUCGACACUUGAUCACCCUCCACGCCAACGCGGCCAACACUCACGCGGUGCAGUGGCUCGAGCGCACUUUGGACGAUUCGGCGAAUCGUCGCCUAACACUUGCUGAAGCCUUUCUCACUGCCGAUGCUGCUUUGCUGACCUUGUUGAACAUCGUUCAAGGACUGGUCGUCUAUCCGAAGGUCAUCGCUAGACAUAUCGAUCAAGAAUUGCCCUUCAUGGCCACGGAAAAUAUUAUAAUGGCAAUGGUGCAAGCCGGGGGUGACCGUCAAGUCUGCCAUGAGAAAAUCAGAGUUCUUUCUCACGAGGCCGGCGCCGUAGUGAAACGCGAAGGCAAAGACAACGACUUGAUCGAACGCGUAAAAAAGGAUGGCUAUUUUAGUCCGAUUAUACCCCAGUUGCAUAAAAUCUUAGACGCGUCUACGUUCAUCGGCCGCGCCCCCGAACAAGUGACUGAAUUUAUCGAAGAAGAAGUGCACCCCGUCCUCGCAAAGUAUAAAGAAUCGCUCGCAGAAGUGGAGAAGCCGGUCACAUUAAACAUUUAG